AUGACCUUCCAUGCCAUCACGGCCGUGCCCCUCAGCAUCGUCACCGCUCUCGGUCUCCUAGGCAACGUGCUCACGCUCGCUACCACCGCUCUCCACCCGCUUAAAACCAGCAUGAACACGCUCAUGCUCAAUCUAGCGCUGUGUGAUCUACUAUUCGAGGCUCUAGACUGCGUACCGAUGACGGCCUACACCGCGCAGUCGCGCUGGCCGUUCAGCAUCGCCACGUGUAAGGCGCACAACUAUUUCCGUACGAUCACUGUGUACGUGAGCGCCUACACGCUGCUGUUCAUGUGCACGGAUCGUCUGCUAACGCUAUGGAGUCCCAACAAGGACCGACAUCGGAACUACGUCGCUGCGGUCGUCUGGCUGUGGGUGGUCGUCGCUAUCGGCGCUUGUUAUACGUUCUCGAUAACGAGGCUGACGUCGCCGCCACACGCGGAGUGCACCCUGGCGCCAGGCACAGCUAUCACACGCAUGCACUACCUCGCCAAGUUUGCGCUCGCCUUCUGCGUGCCCGUGGCGCUCUCUGGCGUCUGCGUCGGCGUGUCCUGCUGCCUCGGUUGUCGCUACGAGCAGCAAUAUCGACACUACACCGCCUGCGAGACGGACGUACAGCAUAACUCCAUAGCUGCGUCACGCGUGCAUCUCAUGCUAGCGCCCCGACAGAGGUAUUCGGCCCGCGGCGGCGGUGACGGUGACGCUGACGAUAGACUCGAGGUACGUCGCAUGACGAUCACCGUGUCUACGAUCCUCGUCAUCUCGACGCUCUUCUGGCUUCCGAAUUACGUCAUGGAGCUGCUGAUGAUAUAUGAACCUGCGGCGCUAGCUCGCUUCGGCAUGCAAGAGAGUUACUGGCUGACGGGCGUGUCUCUCUGCCUCGCUUACUUCAUCCCCGCUGCUAGACCGCUCGUGUAUUUCAUCCUGCUGCCGACGUUCCGGCAGCAGUGUUACCGGACUGUGCUCUGCACGAGGCAGCGGCAGCCGCAGCACUACCACGUGAACAGCUUUAGUCCUGUGCAUCAGACGCCGACGGCAGCGGCUCGAGAGACGACAGUAUGA